CUUAUCUUUUCGCUCCCCCCUCGCCUCAACGCGGUCGUCGCCGCGCCGCCGCCGCCGCCCCCGCCCCCGACGCCGAAACCCUAGCUCCCCGCUUUCCGCCAUGGCCGACGACCACUACUCCUCCAAGCGCAAGUACGACGACCCCUCCCCGCCCCCCCGGCGCACGGGCUUCUCCUCGGGCCCUCCCACCGCCUCCCCUCCCUCGGGCGGCGGCGCGCCGGCGUCGUACAACAGCGUGCCGCCGCCCCCCACCGACGAGAUCCAGCUCGCCAAGCAGCGCGCGCAGGCGAUCGCGGCGAGGAUCUUCAACGCCGCCGAGGCGAAGCGCCCCCGCGUGGACAGCGGCGGCGUGGACGACGACGACGCGGGCCCCGGGGUCGGUUCCCUGGGCGGCAGCGGCCGCGCGUCCGGCCUCGGGUUCUCGUCCUCUGCUGGUGGCGGGCAUGGUUCUGCUAUCCCAUCGUUAUCUUCUCAUGGAAGCACACCUCAGUAUUCCUCAUAUGGUGGAUACCAGGGUACCAGCAAAAAAAUUGAAAUCCCAAAUGGAAGGGUGGGUGUUAUCAUUGGAAAGUCCGGAGAAACUAUAAAGAAUCUCCAACUUCAGUCAGGAGCUAAGAUUCAAGUAACUAGAGACCUGGAUGCUGAGCCUGGCUCACAGACAAGACCUGUUGAACUUUCAGGCACUCCUGAUCAGAUAAGCAGAGCUGAGCAAUUGAUCAAUGAAGUCUUGGCAGAGGCUGAUGCUGCUUCAUCUGGCAAUAUCUCUGGCCGAAAGUACAGUGCACCUCAACCAGGUGCUGAACAAUUCCAAAUGCAAAUUGCUAACAAUAAGGUUGGUCUGGUUAUCGGAAAGGGUGGUGAGACUAUAAAAUCCAUGCAGGCCAAAUCCGGUGCUCGUAUACAGGUUGUCCCUUUGCAUUUACCCCCUGGCGAUCCUGCUACUGAAAGAACAGUUUAUAUUGAUGGUACACAAGAGCAAAUCGAAAUGGCAAAACAAUUGGUGAUUGAGGUUACCAGUGAGAAUCGUGCUAGAAACCCAAUGUCAGGUGGCUAUUCUCAGCAGGGCUAUCGCCCUCCUCGUCCUCAGUCGAAUUGGGGUCCACCUGGUGGGGCACCGAUGCAACAGCCUGGUUAUGGUUACAUGCAGCCUGGAGCUUAUCCUGGGGCACCCCCACAGUAUGGCGCUCCUCAGCAACCUUAUGGUAGCUACCCUCCCACAUCUGGUGGUUAUCAGACUGGAUGGGAUCAAUCGUCAAAUCAGCAAUCUCAGCAGGCUCCCCCUGGCACGGGCUAUGAUUAUUACAACCAACAGCAGCAACCUCAACAGCAACAAGGUACCCCUGGUACUGCUGCACCUGGUGAUGCUACCAGCUACAAUUCCAGCCAACCUCCCGCGUAUGCUUCCCAAGGUUAUGAUUCUACCUACUCUCAGCAGAGUGGCGGGCAGCAGGCAUAUGGACAUGAUUAUUCUAGUUACUAUCAGGCCCAAGGGCAGCAGCAGGGCUACUCUCAGCAGACUGGAUAUGAUCAGCAGGGCUAUGGUGCUUCUGGCUAUGGUUCAGCUGCUAAUUCAACUCAGGAUGUGUCUGCACCUAGCUAUGGUGGUCAAGGUGGGGCAAGUCAAACAUCGCCUGGACAGCAAACUUCAACUCCUGCUGGAAGCCACCCUGGUUAUUCCAGCCAACCACCUACUAGUGCUGCAUCAAGCUACCCUGUGCAUGGGUCUGCUGCUCAAUCUGGAUAUGGGGCUCCCCCACCACAGCCUGGCUAUGGUACCCAGCCCCAACAACAGGGAGGAUAUGGUCAAGGCACUUAUGGUCAGCCUCCGCAGGGACAGAAGGCUCCUAAUUCUUCUUAUGGGCAGGCGCCACCUCCUGGAUCAGCUCCUAGUGGUUAUGGUCAGUAUGGUUAUGGCCAGCAAGGAUAUGGAGCGCCACCACCGUACCCUGGUGCGCCCGCUGCAGGCUAUGGUCAGCAGCAAUCUUAUGGUGAUCCUUAUGGCACUGGAAGCUACGGUCAACCUGCAACUUAUUCUACUGAAGCUACUACUGCUGCCUCCCAGGACCAAUCUGUGCCUGCGCCUGGGGGUGCUCCUGCGACUACUGCUCCUGCAACUGCUCCUGAAAACAGUGGAAACCAAAGCCCUCCUAGCUAAUCUUGUUUAGAGGUUUCUGGAUUUAUGUGCUGAGGAAAUUGUUUUUCUUGUUCCUUAAUCUUGACUCGUUUUAAAUAUAGACUGUUAUUAUUGUUUAGUAAUAUGCGUUAUGUUUUUCUUAUUUUUGAUGCGUAUGCAUUGACUGUAUUUAGGCGUGACACUGCUUAACGCGCCUAUGUGGUUACUGCUUUGUAUCCGUUUGCUACCUGAGACC